AUGAGCAUAAACAGCUUCCUCAAUCCGAUUGAGGAGCAAGAGGAGGAAGACAUAACGGGAGGAGGGACUAAGACGCAGGAGGAGCUUGAAGAUAGACUUCUUCAAGAGGUGAUACAGGAUGAGCUCGGCUCUCAUGAGGCCCAAGAUGAUGAUGAAGACGAAGUCCAAGCUGAGCAGCCUACAUACUCACUGCAGGCUGCCAGCAACGCUCUACAAGUUCUGAUUGGGUUCACAGAAAGCAGAGAAGAUAUGCAGACCUCUUAUUUGAGGUUAUUUGAGCGUUUUGAGGGUCAACUGGAGGAAUUAAAGCGGAACGGGUAUUCACAAGGCACAUUAGAUAGUUGGAUUACAUAA